AUGGCUGCUUCAAAUCCUCAAAACGUCAUUCGAAGGAAACUCGUCAUCAUUGGUGACGGAGCAUGCGGCAAGACCAGUCUGCUCAGCGUAUUCACGCUAGGAUACUUUCCUACACAUUAUGUCGGUCCUCCAAUCGCUAUCCCCACCGUCUUCGAAAACUAUGUCACAGAUUGCCGUGAGGAUUAUGAGCGACUACGACCUCUUGCCUACUCCAAAGCGCAUGUUAUCCUCAUCGCUUUCUCCGUUGACACCCCCGACUCUCUCGACAACGUCAAGCACAAGUGGAUAGAAGAAGCUAGCCGCCUCUGCCCUGACGUUCCGAUCAUGCUUGUCGGCCUUAAGAAGGAUCUUCGCGAAGACCCCGUGGCGAUCGAGGAGAUGCGCAAGAAGUCUCUCCCCUUUGUCACCACUGCACAGGGCGAUGCCGUCGCCCGUGAAGUUGGCGCUCGGAAGUACCUCGAGUGCUCCAGUCUCAGUGGCGAGGGCGUCGACGAUGUGUUCGAGGCUGCCACACGUGCGGCACUGCUGACGUUCGAGAAGGGUGAGGGAGGAGGGUGCUGCGUCAUCCUCUGA